AUGUGGUCUUCUCAGAUCACGGACCCGUUUGGGCCAGUCUUAGACGGGUUGGCCACUCGGCGAAAACUAGCGAUAAGUGAGAAGUUGUCUGAUUUGGUGGACGAUGUGGUCAAUGAAACCGUUGAGACAAUGAUUACUAAUGAAGGCAUCGGUAAACCAUUUAAUCCCAAGACCUAUAUCUAUAUGUCUGUCUUCAAUAUAAUCGCGUCGUCGGCUUUUGGCAAACGAUACUCUUUUGAUGACAAAGAACUCAAAUUUCUUGAAGAAAGCUUUGAGUACUUCAGAGCCAAUACUAAUCCACUCUUUCUGGUGGACAGAGUGCCGAUUCUGAAGCCAUUCUACGCUAAUAUAGUUAACAAUACUUUACAAACAGUGAGAUCGUUGUCUUCAUCGGUUAAACAGAAAUAUUUGGAUCGACUGAAAGUGCACUCAAAGGGAGAGAUCCAUGACUUCUGCGAUGCGCUCAUUGAAGCCAAAGAGGAGGCCAUCGCUGACGAGAAAGAGAGCGCUUCCGCCUUAACUGAUGUCAACCUAUCGCUAGUUAUUCUGAAUCUCUUCUUUGCCGGUUCCGACACAACACAGUAUAUGAUGCGAUGGAUUAUACUAUUGAUGGCAAACAAUAUAGAAAUGCAGUUAAGAAUGAGACACGAAAUCAAUGAUAUUAUCGGCGAUAGAGUGGCAGACAAUCACCACAAGAAUGACUGCCAUUAUGUC